UAAAUAUAUUCAUAUCACGCGAACAGUUAAGUUUCGACGCAGCUGACACGAUGUCUCGACCUGUGCUUUCAACCCACGUGCUCGACACGUCCACGGGAAAACCUGCAUUUGGUGUUUUCGUCGAAUUAUAUAAGAAAAAGGACGAUUCUUGGACAUUAUGGCAUAAUACAGUGACAUCUAGCGACGGGCGGAUUCAGUUUCCAUUCACCAAAGAUUCUAUGGCGGCGGGAACUUACAAAUUGAAGUUCAAAAUUGAGGAUUAUUAUAAACAAAAUAAUAAGGAGACUUUGUAUCCUUAUGUGGAGAUCGUUUUCAACACAAAAGACGAUGAACACUACCACAUCCCCCUUCUGCUCACCCCCUACGGAUACUCGACUUACAGGGGUAGUUAGACAAUUCCACUGAUAGUCUGACCAACAUUUUAUGUAUACUUAUGAUCUGAUUUUAAAUAAAAUACAUUUCUGAAA